CACGUCACGUGACUUCCUCUUCGAAUUCAAGCAGCUAGCAUGGACGCCAGUCGUGUACAGCCUAUCAAGCUUGCCAGAGUCACCAAGGUGCUCGGAAGAACCGGCUCCCAGGGACAGUGCACCCAGGUGCGUGUUGAGUUUAUGGAUGACAGCAAUCGCUCCAUCAUCAGGAAUGUGAAGGGUCCAGUGCGUGAGGGUGAUGUUCUCACUCUAUUGGAGUCUGAGAGGGAAGCCAGGAGGCUGCGAUAGGCAGAGGAUGUUUCUUGAGAUUGGACCCAGUAUGUGUUCUGGAGAAGCACCUUUUGCUGUGGUUGUGUUUAGGAAAUUUGUACAAAUAAAAUUGGAUUUUUGACAUUU